AUGGCUUCGAUGGAACAUAUUUUCGCGGGAUACCACGCCCGACAGGCUGUUCUAGAGGCCACGUUCGACAAGAACCCUUUUGCCAGAGGAAUAGCCUGGAUUGAAGGGAAAUACGUACCGGUCGAUGAGGCUCGCAUCCCGCUGCUUGACCAGGGCUUCAUGCACAGCGAUCUUACCUACGACGUACCGUCUGUCUGGGACGGCCGCUUCUUCCGUCUCGACGAUCACCUGACUCGACUUGAAGACAGCUGCAAGAAGAUGAGACUUCAGCUUCCCCUACCUCGCGACGAGGUUGUAAGAAUCCUAGUCGAGAUGGUGGCUAAGAGUGGCAUUCGCGAUGCCUUUGUCGAGCUGAUCGUCACACGCGGUUUGAAGGGUGUCCGUGGCCACACCCCCGGUGAGGUCUUUAAGAACAACCUGUACAUGUUUAUUCAGCCGUUCGUCUGGGUUAUGGAGCCUGAUAUGCAGCCCAGCGGAGGCAAGGCCAUCGUCGCGCGGACAGUGAAACGAAUUUCUCCAGGGUCAUUCGACCCAACAGUCAAGAACCUCCAGUGGGGCGAUCUCACGCGAGCCCUCUUCGAGGCUGCCGACCGUGAUGCAGUAUAUCCUUUUCUGACGGAUGGCGACGCGAAUCUUACCGAGGGCUCGGGGUUCAAUAUUGUUCUGAUCAAGGACGGCGUCCUCUACACGCCCGAGCGUGGUGUUUUGAUUGGCGUCACUCGCAAAAGUGUCAUCGACGUCGCAAACGCCUGCGGAAUCCCAGUGAAGGCCGAAUUUGUUCCAACUGAGAUGGCGUACAACUGCGACGAGAUCUUCAUGUGUACUACUGCAGGUGGCAUCAUGCCCAUCACCGAGCUCGACGGCAAGCCAGUAGCAGACGGUAAGGUUGGACCGAUCACAAAGAAGAUAUGGGAUGGCUACUGGGCCAUGCACUAUGAUUCAGCAUACACAUUCGAGAUUGACUACGCAACUGGAACAGCAAAAAGUAUGAACGGUGCCAAGCUUUAG